CUCACACUCUCUCAAGUUUUCUAAAUAAGGGACCAAAUCGUCAAAGACAUUUACAAGAAACAAUCUUUGUUCCAUAUUACACAAAGAAAAAGAAAGGUCAUUGACCUAUGGGAGAUAUGGAAAUUCAAGUUAUGGGACAUGUGGAAAUUCAAGUUCAUGAACCUUGCAUAUAUAGAGUACCAAGUCAGAUACGUGAUGUGAAACCUGAAGCCUAUACACCUAAAAUGGUCGUCAUUGGCCCGCUUCAUCGUUCUCCCAAACCAUCAACUGCUGAGGAUGGUGCUGAAACGAGUAGCAGCUAUCCCUGGCAUCUGAAAAAGGAAUAUGUUAGGAUGGAAGAGAAAAAGAAGACGUACUUGAAAUAUUACACCCAAAGAGUUGGGGAAGAUACUAUAGAGGAAAUGAGAAAAACCAUACAAGCAGAAGAAAAUAACAUUCGGGCUAGCUAUAAAGAAUCGACUGAAUGGAUAUCAUCUGAAUACUUCGUGGAACUUAUCCUUGAGGAUUCAGUUUUCAUUAUGGAAUUCUUUCUAAAAGAUAGGGUGGAACCUUAUAAAUAUUUGGACAAGACCGUGAACGAGUCUUUAAACAAUGGGAAGGUUUUUCUUGAUUUAAUGUUGCUCGAGAAUCAACUUCCCUAUUUCAUUUUAGAUAGGUUGUUCAGUACCAGUAUGAAUGCAUUUAUUGGUGAUAAGACCCUUGACCAAUUUAUCGUGGAAUCUUUACGCAUAAGCAUCGCAGAGAAAACAAACUUCAAGCAUUUCACAGAUAUUUAUCGGUGUGUUUAUGAAGAAUCAUUUGACGACGUCGGAAAUCAGAUGUUAAAGGAUCCCGAGAGAUGUAUUCACUUAUCAAGGCAACCUAUCAGUGAGUUGAGGAACGCGGAUUAUUUAUCUCAAGCAGGAGUAACUUUCCGGUCAUCCAAUGUUUUCGAUCGACAAGAAUUUAAAGGCCGUAAGUACCUCUUGAUAUCAUCUUUUAUAUCGGAGUUGAUACAACAACAAGAAAGGCUUGAGCGUUUUUCGUUGCAAGUGACGUUUAAGAAAGGUUGCUUAACGAUGCCGAUCUUCCAUGUUGAUGAAACGUAUGACAUGUAUCUAAGAAAUGUAAUUGCAUACGAGCAGUGCCAUGUUGCCGUAAAACCCUUGACUUCUAACUACAUACAUUUCUUAAAUUUUCUAAUUACUUCCGAUAGAGACGUCCAACUACUCACCGAAGAAGGGGUGGUGAGGAACAUUACGGGUCGGCCGAGGUUGGUGAUGGACAUGGUCAACAAGUUACAAGCUGGUCUGAGACUAGGGGACUAUUCCCAGUACUACUACAUAGCCAUGAAACUCAAAGCUCACUAUAAAUCUCGAAGAAAGAUGUGUUGGGCUACUCUUAACAAAGUCUACUUCAGCGACAUGUUGACCGGAACAGCUACUUUAGGUGCAGUGCUUCUCUUGUUUCUGACUCUGGUUGGAACGAUUGCUUCGGUCCUCCAGGCUUACAAAAGCUUAGAGUAAACUAUAUGUAUGUAUGCUUUUAUCGUUUAAAACUUAUUUUUUCCAAGUGUUCCUUUAAGAUUAUUCACGUACUUUGGUAAUUGAUUGUUGAUUUCUCAAAAA